GCGAGACCAUGACCUGAACCGCGAGAUCAUGAUCUGAGCCGAAGUCUGCGGCGCUUAACAGACUGAGCCACGCAGGCGCCCAUCGGUUUGUUGUUUUCAAGUGAAGACGCUCGUGCCCAAAAGGAACUUACAACUUUAAGGGCAACACAAAUGAGAAAAAUGAAGACAAAAUAAGACUGAAAACCAGAGAACAUGAUGAUAAUGAUGAUGGGCUCAUUGAUUUCUCCACAGUGUCUCUGAGACACAUACUGCCUGGAAUCAGUCACUUCCUGCCUUGUCUGCCACCCAUUGUGUAGCCACAAGCUCUAGGUGAAGAACAGCCAGCCUGGUGAAUUUUCCCUGGACAUUAUUCUUGUAAAGACACGAAGGAAUGGAUAAAUAUCAGAGUGCUUUCUUGUUCAAAUACAGUAGUGAAGGAGGGAAUUAGAAAAAAAAAAUGAAAACAAGAAGAGUGGAUUUCCUGAUCCAGCUGAGAAUGUGUGUUCUGUCAGCAGCUAUAAAAGUACAGAUCUGGGUGCUGAUCAAGAAUGUGAAGUGAGGCCUGAGAAAAUGCAGAACUGAGGUGAUGAAUUCAAGAUAUAUUUUGAGAGAACUCUACAGUACAUUGAUUUGUUGAAUGUGGGGGAAAAGAGAGAGGAAGAGUUUGAAGACGAAACUCAAUUUUCUGGUUGAAAGAAAUGCAGAGUCAUUAGCAUCUUAAGCCAAUCAUCACCCUAAAAUGGUUUGAAGGGAGAUAUGGUAAACCCAAAUCACUGUUUUAACUAUGAUGAAAGGUCAACCCAGCAAUGGAAAGCAAUGGACACAUUUUAUUUCCGAAUGGUGAUGCUGAUCCAUUUCAGUGUCUUCCUUCUGGGACAAUGCAGUGAGAGCCAGUUGUCACUCAACACAUAAGGUGUCUGUAUUGUAGCUGCACAAGAGGGUUAUGGGAUGGAGUGCCUGAUGAGUUCCUCUAGAUUGAGCUGUCAGCUGUGACCUCUCUGAGGAGGUGAUCUAAGCUGCAAUCUGAAAGGCAAGAAGGAGUCAGUGUGUGAAAAUCUGUGAAAAAGUAACAUCUGGCAUAGAGAUCUUAAGGACUGUUAUGGUAACAUGAGGAUACUGAGGUCCAGACUCCCCCUGGCUUUCAGCAUUGUCAUCCUUAAUGCAAGGCUGUUCUCACAUUUACAACAAAGAGAUUGUCUUUCUAGACAUCACUUUUCAAUCCUAGGAAGGAAGAAAGGGAAAAAGCAAAGAGCAAAAGAUAUGUUGAAUGGGUUUGCCCAUUUUUUUUCAUGAAGACAGUAACACUCUGAAAAGCCCAAUACUUAACUGCCAUUUAUACAAUAUAUUCUUUGCCCAGAACCGCAUCUCAAGCCCCUCUCUGAUUUGUGGGACUGUGGAAAGCUAAGUAUUUUUAAGCCAAAACAUUACCCACAAAAUUAAUUUGCAUUCUAUUAGAAGGGGAGAUGGAGUGAAUAGAUAUUAGGAAGGCAAUUAAAAACAACUGGCACAGGGAUGACUUCUGUAGAAAGUGAGAGCUAAGAUUUGCGAGAAAGGAAAAUUCUCAGAAGGCCAUUGAGAGAUUUACAGGAAAGAAAAAAUUCCUAUCACUUUUUCUUCUCAAAUGUUUCUUAGAAGCAGUGAUAAGAAACAGUAUAAAAAAGAACCUGUUCUUCAUUUUCUACAAAGUUGCUGUUGAAGAUACUAUUCAUAUUUUACUCAGUGCUCCUUUAUAGAGGCUUAAACUACAUUCAUCUUUGACUGUUUGACUCUUAUCCUUUGAAAUUUUCAUAAUAGCUUUGUUAUAUCUAUUCCUCUUACUUAUAAUAUCCCUUAAGUCAGUUUAGAAGUAGUUGGAAACCACCUAUUGUAGUCAUGACUGAAAAUAAACAAAUGUAAUAAUAUAGCGAGCUUCAGGAAAAAAAUGUGAUCUUUAGAAGAUUUUCUAAACUAAGUAUCUAGUACAAUAGACCUUGUGGUCAGUCCUCAUUAAACAAAAUACAUGGCUAUUGAUAAAAACAGACCCACAUGUAUCCCUGGCCAGAAUAUUACCCUUUUAAUAAAGGAGUUACACACUAUAAAAUUAAUUAAAAAAUAGGCUUAAACUAUCAAAGAUCUUAAUUUUAUUCCUUAAUUUCAGAUUACAUGGAGUAUUUGCUUCCUGAUCCUUCUUAAUCUCUCUAGCCUGCAUUUCUGAAAACUUGGGGAAGGCAUACAAGCUUUGAAAAGACGGAAAAUUUCUUAGCAUAAAUAUCAGUAAAACAACUCUUUCCUAUGGGAUUUUGAUGUCUCACUGAAGUAGCAAUUAAAACUGGACUCUUUUGAAGUUGUUUAUUCCAAGAAUGCACCUUCUUGAUUUUAAGGAUGAAAAGAUAGGAGCUGGAAGCAAAUUGGAUUCUGCUUCUCCAAACCUGAGCAUAUGUAAAAGAAAGCCUUUGCCCAGCAGAAUUAGCAGAUGGUCUAAAUCCCCUUGGAGUACGUGGGCUCAGUUCAACACUGAUUUGGGAUUAUUCAUUCAAAGUCCUUGGUCUUCUGGAACUUUAAUAAGGCUUUCCCUCAUCAGGCUGACGAUGGCUCACUUCACACAUAACCACUCAAGACUUCUGUGCAGCAUAAAAUAGAAGAUCAAAAGCAGGGUUGAAUCUUUUUUGAAAGAGUUUGGUAACACCAGGCAUUUGAACACUCAGUCACAUGCAGCAGAACCAGGCACAUGGAGAACAGCUGAUUCCACAAAACCAAGGGCUUGGGUUUUGCAAUGGAACGAAUAUGGUUGCUGUUGCUUCUAACAAGUAGAGUGCUUCUGGGGUCUGCUCAGUUUAAUGGCUACAAUUGUGACGCCAACCUCCACAGUAGAUUUCCUGCUGAAAGAGACAUCAAUGUCUAUUGUGGGGUGCAGGCCAUUACAAUGAAGAUUAAUUUUUGCACAGUACUUUUCUCGGGUUAUUCUGAAACAGAUCUGGCACUGAACGGAAGGCACGGGGAUUCCCACUGCAGGGGGUUCAUCAAUAACAACACCUUUCCCGCAGUGGUCAUUUUCAUCAUCAAUCUCAGCACCUUGGAGGGCUGUGGAAACAACUUAGUGGUAUCCACAAUUCCUGGAGUCAGUGCUUAUGGGAAUUCAACUUCAGUACAAAUAGGAAAUAUUUCGGGAUACAUUGAUACUCCAGACCCACCAACAAUCAUCAGCUAUCUACCUGGGCUUCUUUACAAAUUUAGUUGUAGUUAUCCAUUGGAAUACCUGGUUAAUAAUACCCAGCUUGCCUCGUCCUCAGCUGCUAUUUCUGUGAGAGAGAACAAUGGUACAUUUGUCAGCACUUUGAACCUGCUCCUUUAUAAUGAUUCAACCUACAGUCAGCAGUUAAUUAUCCCAAGUAUAGGAUUACCUUUGAAAACCAAAGUUUUUGCAGCUGUACAAGCCACUAAUCUGGAUGGCAGAUGGAAUGUCUUAAUGGAUUAUUGCUACACAACCCCAUCAGGGAACCCAAAUGAUGAUGUUCGAUAUGAUCUCUUCCUUAGCUGCGACAAAGAUCCUCAGACCACCGUCAUUGAAAAUGGCAGAAGCCAGCAAGGCCGGUUUUCCUUUGAAGUGUUCCGAUUUGUGAAACACAAGAAUCAGAAAAUGUCCACCGUCUUCCUGCACUGUGUUACCAAGCUCUGCAGAGCUGAUGACUGCCCCUUCCUUAUGCCAAUUUGCGGCCACAGAGAAAGGAGGGAUGCAGGGAGGAGGACCACUUGGAGCCCCCAGAGCACGUCUGGAAAUGCAGUCCUCUCUGCUGGUCCCAUCAUUACUCGGAGUGAUGAGACUCCAACCAACAAUUCACAGCUUGAUAAUUCCAGCUUGGGGAUAUGUUUUAAUUGGACUGGUCGAUUUGGACACCUGAGAUUUAAUUACUCUUUCUGUGACCUGAGUUUUUGGCCGAUUUCCAUGUCUGAUGACAUUCAUUUAAAAAAACAAACAAACAAACAAACAAACUCAGGAAAUGUGUCUUAACCUGGAGCACCUACUUGUGUAGCAGAAUGUAAAAAUAGUUGUUAACCUCUAAAGGAAACCAAGUGACCCUAGGUCAUUAUUCAUUUACAUGGGAGUGGCUGUGCUCAGUUUUCUCCUGGUUCACUGAGAACAUCAGCACAAGUUCACUUUCCUCCCAGGUAAACAAGUCAGCUGCAUUUGCAGCUGUGCUUCCAGCAGUGAGGCAGCUGCAGAGAUCAUUCUUCAUUCAAGAGCCAUUGCAUGGGAAAACAAACCAUAGUUGUGGGAGUGGACAUUGUCCCCACACAUAAGCAUAAUGUUCCCAUGGGGUUUUUAGCAACCUAGUUUCCUUUUGUCCCUAUGACAAAGAGUAAACAGGGUAAGUGUGUUUUGCAGAACAUUGUUGAGUCUCUAUGAAAAAAAAUGUCCCUUUCCCACAAAUUUCUGAUGCUAGCAAAGCAAAUAAUCUGGAAGAGCCCUACUUUUUAGGUGUCUUCUUGAAAGUGUCAUGAUGGCCGUGGAAUAAACAGUAUUUUCCUGUAAUAGUAAACUGCAAGAAGUUGUGAUCCUUUGUCAGUUUUUCAAAAAAAUGUUUAAAAGCCACAUAUUAAGCAGCCUCUGUUCUUAGCAAAAAAUCAUCCUUUUCUUUGUUCAGUCUAUUCACACAACUGAAUAGAACAAUUCAGUGACGGGCAUCAAAACCUCGCAUGUGUGGGGGCGCCUGGGUGGCUCAGUCAGGUGAGCGUCCAACUUCGGCUCAGGUCAUGAUCUCGCAAUCUGUGAGUUCGAGCCCCACGUUGGGCUCUGUGCGGACAACUCAGAGCCUGGGGACUGCUUCAGAUUCUGUGUCUCCCUCUCUCUCUGCCCCUCCCCCGCUUGUGUUCUCUCUCUCAAAAAUAAAUAAACAUUAAAAAAAUAAUAAUUUAAAAACCUAGCAUGUGUGGCUACUACAAGUGCUAUGUUAACCAUAACAACUGCUGUAGAGACUAAUUUCUGUUCAACAUUUGUGACCCAUUAUUCACGACUUAAUUUACUAUAUUAUAUGCAAAUCACUAUACAAUGUUAAAUUUGUUUCAAAUGAAGUACCUAUGCUCUAAAAUUAGUAAUUAAAUCAAUCAUCAAAUCAAAAUACAUCUUGUCUCCAAUUGCCUCAACAGGCCAGAAGUGUUUAUAUUAUAAUAAUUAGUUAUCGGAUUGCCUCAACUUUCUCUUUCAAGGUAUAGACACAAAGUGAAAUGGGAUCUGGAAAGUCUUCGGAUAAUUUAAUCAAUAUGAAAAGGUCUAACACUUAAAAAAGCAAUCUCCUCUUCCCUUUGUUUCUUCAAGAUCACUUUGAAGUGACCAUUCUGAACUUUGAUCUGUGUAAAAAUUUAUUUUCUACUUUAAAGGGAAAACUCCUACAGAAAAAAAAUGUAUGGACCAUGCAUGCUACUUAUGUGACCUUAUAUGUGUACAUGAAUAGUGCUAAAAUAGUCUAGUAAAUCUAUUUCAGAUACUGUAAGCGAAUUGCCAUUAAUCUGAGUAUUAAAUCCUGUGCACAGAAUACUAUCAUUGAAACCAGUUUGUCAGUUUGAUUUUUGUGCUUUAGGGAUGGCUGCUGUUUCAGGUGUUGCCCUUUUACAUUCCAUACACCACUUUUAAAAACUGAAUAAUGGACACAUCAUUUUGCAAGCAACUUACAUCUCACAUUACUUUUUUUGCCAUCCUUUCAUCAUAAAUGGGAGGCUCAGAGCUAUAAUGAGACGAACUGGGUUUGUUUUAUACAGCUUUGUUCUUCUCAACCUGCUGUUAUGUGUAGUAUUUAGUUACACUGAAUAUUUUGGUUACUAUAGUGUGAAAACCUUACGAAAUAUGUGCAAAUGUUCCUUCAGUUUUAAUACCUCAAACUGUUUUUUUGCACUUCAGGGGUAAGGUCUGAUGACAUGUAAAAGGUGAUUGUUUAAUAAAAUGAUUGUAAAUGAA